AUGGAAAGCAGAGAGGAGAGGGUGAUGCUGGCGGAGGGAGGAGGUCAGCUUGGCAAGAGCGGUUCUAAUUUGUCGGAAGCCACUGGGAACCCCGCGCGAGAACCGCAGGGGAAGCCGAGCCACAGGAGCUGUCUGAGCCCCGGCGCUGCGCCUUACUCCCGGGACAGGACCGAGCUGGGGGUGGAGGAGAGCGCACGGAGGAAUAUGUGCGCCGACGUGAGGCCAGUUGGCACGUCCUCCUCCGGUGAGAGGCACCGGACUGAUCAUCCCCACAAAGACGGCAGCAGCUCAGACACCGAGUCGGACUUCUACGAGGAAAUUGAUGUCAGCUGCACGCCUGAAAGCAUGGACUACCCAACAGCUAAAGGUAGAAAUGGAGAUUCUCCAGGUCACCCGACUGACACUGGUGCUGAUCCGGGUAAGAUUGUCCCAGGUCAGAGCUCUCUGUCGUACGCAGCGGACCAGAUUCGCCGGUACCGGACGGCGUUCACCCGGGAGCAGAUCGCGCGGCUGGAGAAGGAAUUUUACCGGGAGAACUACGUGUCCAGGCCGCGGAGGUGUGAACUGGCGGCCGCCUUGAAUCUACCUGAAACGACCAUCAAGGUGUGGUUUCAGAACCGCAGGAUGAAAGACAAGCGCCAGCGUCUGGCCAUGACGUGGCCUCACCCCGCUGAUCCGGCCUUUUACACCUACAUGAUGAGCCACGCGGCGGCCACGGGGAACCUGCCCUACCCCUUUCCAUCCCACCUGCCGCUACCUUACUACUCCCACCUGGGCGUCGGCGCAGGCUCGGCUCCGGCCGCCACACCUUUCUCUAAUCCCCUGCGCUCCCUCGACAGUUUCCGGAUGCUGUCUCACCCCUACCAGAGGCCGGAGCUCCUGUGUGCUUUCAGACACCCCUCCCUGUACCCGGGUCCGACCCACGGGCUCGGUCCCGGAGGAAGCCCCUGCUCCUGCCUGGCCUGUCAUUCCAGUCAAUCCAACGGUAUCUCAACCAGGCCCUCCGGCUCGGACUUCGCUUGCUCCCCAACUAGCAGGACUGACGCUUUUGUCACUUUCACGCCAUCAGUGCUCAGCAAAUCCUCAUCUGUGACAUUAGACCAGAGGGAAGAAGUGCCUCUGACCAGAUAA